UUAGUAUUGCAUAAAAAACAAAUUAGCAACUUUUCAUAGUUUUUAUAUUGCUAUAUAAGCUGUGUCAUUGAACAAAUAACUGGGCAACACGUAAAAAAAAAUUGACGUUAACAUGAACUGUCAAUGAAACAACUGUCACUGUCCCGAAAAAGUUUGUUUUGUCAAAAAAUAAAUGAAUCAAAAAAAGAAAAGUACUUUUUGAAAAGGUAAUUGCUUCUUAAUAAAGAAAAUGUAUUUUGCUCAAGUUUCGUUGUCGAUUAUCUUGUUAACUGCCAUUCAAACGCAAACUUGUACAGCCGAAUUUUCAACUGAAGAUUGUUCCUCUCUGGGUUUUAUCAAAGCUAAUCUUUUAUGUUCAUCGUGCGACCAACUCAAAGAUUUCAAUUUAGAACAGCUUAUUGAACAUUGUAAGGAAUGCUGUCACAACGACGAGAGUGCAACAAAUGAGAAGAAAUACGCGCGCGCGAUUUUAGAAGUGUGUACUUGCAAAUUUCCGGCAUAUCCACAAAUCCAAGCUUUCGUGAAAAGUGACAGACCGGCUAAGUUCCCUAACUUGCAAAUUAAAUACGUGCGUGGAUUGGAUCCUAUAAUUAAACUUCUCGAUAAAGAUGGAAUUGUCAGAGAUACAGUUGCAAUUGAAAAAUGGAACACUGAUUCUGUAGAAGAAUUUUUAAAUACGCACCUCGAAAAAGAAGAAGAUGAAGAUCGGAGUUAUUUAAAAACUAAUCAAAUUUAAUUACCAAUUAUUUUUUUAGUUAUUUCUUGUAGUUUGACUCAUUUUCAUACUCAGUUAUUAUCAUCAU